CAUGUUGUCUGUUAACCAGUGUAAUCACAGAGGAUCAGGGCAUGCUGCAACACCUUAAAAACAUCAUCACAGGCAACACGGUGUCUCCUUGGGCCAAGAAACAGGACAGGGUCAUCCUUCUUUUUGAAGAUGAUGAACAAGUGGACAAAGUCAUGCACUUCUUGUCUGAAGUACUCGAACGUACUGAGACAGACAAGAAGUCUGCAGAUCCAGUGGCAUUCGUAAUGGAUGUACUUUUGCCAGAGGCAACAGUAUACGCCCUCGGAGCUGUUCACUCCAGCUCCCUGGACAAAGCCAAGGAGAUGUACAUGCGUGGCACAGAGUUUGACUCAAGCGAGAUAACCCAGCUUGGGGAACAGCUUCAGAGCCACAUUUCCUCAAAAGCGAGGCAGAACCUGGAUAUCUUCCUGAGCAAUUACAAGAAAGCCUUGGAGUGUGAGGAAUUCCUCAGGCGCCUGUAAUCCCUGGGUAGUGAAUGUGUCUGCUGGAUAGUCUGUUGUGUAUAAAAUAAAGAAAAUAUAUCAUUCA